AUUACCUUAAAAUUUUGGAUGGCGAAGAAGAAAAAUUGACAGAUAAUUAUUUAUUAGUAGCCACCAGUCGUCCAGAAACUAUUUUUGCUGACGUGGCUUUGUUGGUUAAUCCCCACGAUAAAAGAUAUCAAAAAUAUAUCGGUCAGCAAGUUCAGCACCCGGUUACAAAAAAAAUUAUUCCAAUUUUAGCUGAGGAAAAAGUAGAGAUUGCUUUUGGCACCGGAGUCUUAAAAUGCACGCCCGGACACGAUUUUACGGAUUACGAGUUAGGUCAAAAGCACCAACUUCCCAUAGUUAGUUGCUGUGACGAAAAAGGAAUAUUAAAUGAGUUGGCUGGAGAAUGA